AUGAGUAAUGGCAAACGGUCUUUAGCUGAAGUUUUGGACACCGAAGAACUAAAGGUCCAAGAGCAGAACGAAGAAAACAAUUUGGAGUCACAGGCGGAGAAUGAAGAUGAAGUUGACUCGAAGUUCUGUGUCGAGUGCUCAGAUAUGCCGACAGAGAUUUUUUGUGUGUCCUGCUCGGAGAAUUUUUGUAAACCAUGUUUUGGGAUGAUUCAUCGUAAAGGAAAGAGAAAAAACCAUAAGAGGGAAGAAGUUUUACCCGAUUCGAAUGGAGAUGCUCCUCAGAUCUCUAAUAUGUCACAAGAUAUCACCGGUAGAAGUGGUUUGGAAAAUGCGAACGGUUCUGAGAACGAUGAAGAAGACGAAAUCGUUCCUGACUCCUCUAAUCCAGAGAAAGAAAACAUAGAGAAAGUGAUCAUGAGUGGAAUCAAGAAGAACAUUUCGUACAUUCCUUUGCGAUUAACCCAUCAAGAGCGUCAGUUGCUGAGAUUACUGGAGGCUUCGUUGCACGUUUCUGAGUACACUGAUAAGGUAGACAUACUAUCGCAUACCUCCAAGGCCAAGCGGAUUGUGUCUCAGCUGAAAGAAAUGUGCUCUAUUCUUGCUGGUCUGGUCGUCGCGUCUGACCUUAAAUUGGGACAGGAAUUGAUUGUGGAGAAGGAGUUUGCAGAUAACGCUGAAUGGUAUCAGAAAGUUUUUGAAAUUGGUCGUCGGUACAAGAUCAUGAAUCCAGAAAAGAUGAGAGACACCUUCGGUAAGUUGUGUUACAUGGUGAUGGAUUCCAAGCUUCCCCAAAUCGAAGAAUAUUUGGAAUUUAACCUAUACAAACCAAUCCAAACUGUAGAGAGAUACCUUUCUUCAAGAGACGACCCCCAGGUGUUCAAAAUGUUUGACGAUGAAAGCAUAAUAUAUGCUACGGCUGAGAUUUCUCCCGGCAACAGAUCGAGAUAUCAAAUCAAUAGAGAUAUCAAACUGAAAGAGAGGUCAAUAGAAAAAAUAGCUUCAACCUACUCCUCAUCAAAAGGGUUCACCAAGGAAGAGAUUAGACAGGUGCUUUAUUCUAUUGGCGACUUCAAUGCAUAUACUAACGCCAAUAGAAAACCUAUUCUUCGGAUGAUAACUAGAUUGUCGAAGUUUGAAAACCUCUCCAAUGAAUACUCCCUGGGCAUUAAGUUUGGCCAAGGCGGAGCAAGACUGUCCCAUAACCAUCAAAAACAAUAUCAAUACGUGUUCCAGUCGUUACAGUUAUGGUCGCACAUAAUGAGAGAAAUGAUACAUCUUUGGUCCUUGGCCGAUGAUGACCUGUUCUCCCCACAGCAAUACCACAUGCAAUCUACAGGUCAGGGACUACACAGAGUUAAGGCCUGUCCUAAAGUUUCCAGAGCAAUGUAUAAGAUAUUGGGUGAAUGUGAACGUAAAUGCAACGGAUGGGUUGGCUCCCAAGUGGUUCAUACCGGAGAUCGUGAUGUUCCAAAUGCUUUAUUUUUCUUGGAUAAGUAUAACCAGGUUCCCCAAAUCCUAAUACCGAUCGACCGUUGCAUCGACGAAUUGAAUGAAGCCGUCAAGGAUAAGUUCAUCAAGACACACAUUGAAUCCCAAUUUGGAAGUGUCGAAAAGCUCUGCGAUAUCAUACUGACCGAUUUCUUCAGACACGCUUUUGACGGUUCUGGAGCAGACAAUUUUUACGAUGCUGGUUCCUGCAUCGAUGGUCGUCUGACAUCAGCUUGGAACUUUGUCCAAAACAUCUCAAAGCGCCAGUACUACAAGUUCUUCAUGAUGGUCGGCUGCACUGGUUUCAAUGGUACUGAAGGCUGGUGA